UGGUCGGUGAAGUUGGCCUAUAGUCCUUCCAGAAUUACUGCCGAUCUCAUGCCGGGGUAAAGGGUGAGAGUUGGACAUGGGAUCGGUAAACCCAUCCUGUGGAAAAAAAUCUUGCUAAAAACACCAACCAGAUUAAACAAACCAAACCAUUUAAUCCCUUCUCUGGUAGUUAAAGGGAGAAUUAUGACGCCUCAAGAAGAAAGCGUAGAUCCUACGAAAUCAGAAGGCUUAUGACACUUCUACCAACAGGCGCAACAAUUUUUAUAGAAACAUGGAAAGUUCGGACAAUGUGGGAGAUCGGGAGGAUCAUUCAAAUAGCAACGGAAAUGAGGAGCAGUACUCGGGACCAGUACUCGAAACCCAUUGGACCGAAGCUGGACAUCAAAGGUUAGAUAAGUCAGAGAUGCUUCUGUACUCUAUUCACGAUGGAGAAAAUGCAAUACAUAAUCAGUGAGUUGCUCUGAUUUCAUCCAAAGAAGCACGUAGAGCACUUGUGGGACGGGAAUCUUACGGAACCAGAAUCAUCAAAGUAUCGUUUAAAACAACGGAGGGAAUCAUGAUGAAUGCCAUCCAGUAUUAUACAACCACCAAUGAUGGUAGCAAUGACAAUAAGGAUCAGUUCUAUGAGUGGCCGCAAUCAAUCAUAGCUAAGUGCCCGAAAACGACUUCACCAUCCUGAGGGGAGAUAUAAACUCCAAAGCCGGAAUGGACAACAAUGGAUAUCAAGAUAUCAUGAGACGACAUGGACUGAAGGAGAGAAACGAAAGUGAGGAGAGAUUUGCAAAUCUAUACGCAUUCAACAAAUUUGUUAUAAGCGGCACAAUAUUCCCACACAGACGAACACACAAAGCAACAUGGAUCUCACUGUACUGCACUAUGGAGAACACGAUAGAUCAUAUUUGUAUCAACAAAAAAUUCCGAGAGACAAUGUGGGACACAAGAUCCAGGAGAGGAGCUGACAUAGCUUCAGAUGAACACCUAGUUGUGGCCAAGAUGUGUCUGAAGCUAAAGGAUAAUUGGACAAUUGCGGAAACAGCACUAAAAAGUUCAACACAACCUUCCUUCGAGAUACUGACAAACAACGAAUUCAAGAUAACUUUCAACAAGAGCUUUACAUGACCUACUCAAAGCAUUGACUUUGAAGUGUCAGAUUAUACUGCAUAGCAACAAGUAUCUUCAAAAGGAAUGUAUCUUAACGGAAACCAAUAUCACGAUUCAAGAAAGGAAGAACGAGAAGACAGCAAUUAACAGCAGCCAAACAAGAACAGAGAAAGUCAAGGCACAAGCUGAAUAAACAGAAGCAAACAAGCAAGCGAAGAAGAGCAUUAGAGCUGACAAGCAGAAACACAUCGAAGAACUAGUAAUGACAGAGGGAAAAGCUGCAAGAGAAGGAAAUAUGAAACGUUUAUAUAAAACAAUGAAGAGGCUCACAGAGAAAUAUUGUAAACCAGAGAGAUUAUUCAAAGACAAAGAAGGCAAGCCAAUCACUGAAAUUUAAGAACAGCCGGACAAUUGCGUAGAGGACUUUGAAGAACUCUUGAACAGACCAGUCUCACUGAACCCACUGGACAUUGAAGCAGCACACACAGACAUUCCUAUAGAUAUCACUCCACCAACGAUGGAUGGCUAUUAGACAAAUGAAGAGUGGGAAAGCAGCAACCUGACUAAACCAGCUGGAGCACUGAAAUCAGAUGCACUACUAUCGGUACUAGGAAAAGCUCUCAACAGUGUUGUUGAGCCAGAUGAAAGGUUCAGUAGACGCCCGACUUCGAGAUCAACAGACCGGAUUCACUAAGGAUCGGUUGUGUACAGACCGAAUCGCAACACUACGGAUCAUCGUUGAACAAUCAAUUGAAUAGAAUUCGUCACUAUACACCAACUUCGUUGACUUUGAGAAAGUAUUUGACAGUGUGGAUAGAGGAACCUUCUCUAACACUAUGGUGUACCUGAGAAAACCGUCAACAUCAUGAGAAAUUCAUACGACGGACUACACUGCAAAGUCGUGCAUGGAGGACAGCUGACAGACUCAUUCCAAGUGAAAAUCGGUGUUAGACAAGGCUGCUCACUCUCUCUCUCUCUCUUUUCCUUUCAUCUGGUGGUCGACUGGAUUAUGAAGACCUCCGCAUCUCAGGGAAAGCACGGAAUACAAUGGAGAGCUUGGAUGUGGCUACAUGAUUUGUUCUUUGCAGAUGACCUAGCUCUUCUAUCCCAUACACACCAACAAAUGCAGAUGAAGACAACUAGUAUAGCAGCAGCCUCUGAAUCCUUAAACCUUAACAUACAUAAGGGAAAAACCAAGAUCCCCAAAUACAACACGGAGAACACCAACCUAGUCACACUUGAUGGAGCUCUGGAAGAGGUGAAGACGUUCGUGUUACUGGGCAGUUUCAUUGGUAAACAAGGAGGAUCUGAUACAGAAGUAAAUGAGAGGACUGACGAAACAAGAGCAGAAUUCCUACAGUUGAAGAACAUAUGUAACUCGAAACAAUUGGCAGCUAACAACAAAGUCAGAAUCUUCAAUACGAACGUCAAGAUAGUUCAACUGUACGGAGCUGAAACUUGGAGAAAUACUACAGCCAUCAUCAACAAAGUACAGGUAUUUGUAAACAAUUGUCUACGCAAGAUACUCAAUGUUCGUUGGCCGGAUGCCAUCAGCAACAGCCACUGUGUGUGUGUGUGUGUGUGAGAGAGAGAGAGAGAGAGAGCAAACCAGCAUUCAGCUAAAGUGGAAAUCAGGUAAACACACUUGUAGCGGAUAGGUAACACACUGCGGAAAUCAUCAAACUGCAUCACGAGGCAAGCCCUAACUUGGAAUACUAAAGGGAAACGAAAAAGCUGAAGACUGGAGAACAUGUUGGGCUGCGAACUGGAAGCAGACAUCCGAAGGAUGAAUAGCAACUGGAAAUAACUGGAAAGUAUUUCCCAGGACAGAGUUAGAUAGAGAAUGCUGGUAUGCAGCCUAUGCACCUCUACGAGGGGUAACAGGCGUACAUUAGUAAGUACAACUCCUAAUUAUUCUGUCCUUAAUAGCUACCAAGUAGACAAUUAUUGUCACUUUACAACUUUUUCGCCAGCCGAUUAUUACAUAAAUUCCUUUUAAUAUAUGAUUCUUAAUUCUUGACAAUACACCACGUCAGGUAUUUUAAACAUUUAGCACCAUUCUAUAUUACUAUAAAAUACUGUUUUAGCAAAUAAAACUAUACUGUGCAGCUUAAGUAAGUGAAAUCGUUAAAAAGAAAAUUCUACUCGCUGAAUUGUCUUCUUUGUUCUUCAAUGACACAAUGUGUCUCUCUCGUUAUUGUUAAAAGUUGUUUUCAGUCAAUAAAUCAUCAUACUUUUCUUUCGAAAGUGGGUUAAAAAAUAUUUCUUAAUGUUUAAAAGAGAUCACUGUCUAUUCUAUACGCAACACAGAAUCAUUUCUAACUGACACAAGAAAAAACGAAAUAAUACUAACUAUUCCAUUUAAUUUUGUGAUGGAAAUUGAGGAACAGUGUAUCUGUCUGCAUCACACAAUCACAGAAAGUCAGAUAUUAUUGCAAUGGUUCGACAUAUUAUUUUGAACCAGGAAGAUGAAAUCAGUCAGUCAGUCAUAAUCACUGCAAAGCCUGGAGCAAAUGUUCACCAACAUAAGUUGCCACACAGUGUCAGCAUAACGACAAAAAUGGAGACAGAAAUUAAAGGUGGAUGUGAAGAAAUAAUGGAACUAAAGACCUAAAGAAGGAUAAAGAGGGGAUGUACCUGGACAAUUGUAAAGGACUCCAAUCCAUGCUACCCAAUG